AUGGGGGUGUCUUGGAAGGGUGUGCCACAGGCCCUGCCACCUUCCUCCGACUCUCGCCGUGAUUCAUUCGGUCCCAGAGACAGCCUCGUGUGCCUGUCCAUGACAGAGCCUUCUCUUCUCCCCACUGCCCAGAUGGAAGGGCUGGCCCUCCUGCCCCUGGCCUCACCGUGCCCCCGGAUCCCACGAGCCCGCAUCGCCAGGCCACCGGGGCGAUGGGCCCCCGUGGGCUGCAGACCCUGCCUCACAGAUGGCACUGCAGCCAUCUUCCGAUGUGCACUGUGCAAUAAGGUUCAGACUGUGCACUAUGCCUUGUGCAAUAAGGACGUGCCUCCAAACGUAUGCCGUCCACACCGUGGUCCUCGGCUCAGUGAUGACAGACCCACACAUCUGCAACAGCGUCCUCUGAAGUCACGCCCUGCUGACUGUGCCCCCUCCCGACUGUCCUGGGCAGAGAGCUUGUCCAUGGAUGGCUUCUGGUUGGAGGUGGAACGGAUCCAGCAGAAGGGCGAAGUGAAGGAGGAGGACAGGGUUGGAAGCGGAAGCCAGCUCCUAGAAGGGGACACUGAAUCCCAGUGGCUACGGGACACAGGUCUGUCUGGCCUUGUUGGUGGCCUGGGCUCGGAUGACAAUCACCAGGGACUCCUAUCUACACUGACGGCGACCCAGGUGGCUGCUGUGUGCCGCCGGCUAGACACCUAUGCCCGCUCAGCCCGAAGACGACACAAGCCACCCAUCAGAGAUGUCAGGGAUAUCUUUGGGGUCUUCACCUCAAGGGAAGUGGUUUCAGAGAAUGGGGCCUUGGGAAUGAAAUGGACCCAGAUCAAUCCUGUGGAUUCUGCAUCUUCUGUAGGAUCCGCAGAUCUCAGGGGACCACAGGAACCAGCUGGAACAGAGGAAGUCUUCAGCAUGGACUCUGCCUACUCUGACCAAGCUGCCAUGCUUCUACAGAGGGCCAGGUCAUCCCCGGGAGGCACCUGUGCCUGGGACAAGGGAUCGCUGCCGAGGUUCCGAAUCCCCAAGGGCAGACUGGGUGUGACCAGGAUAGGAGACUUGUCUUCGAGGGACAUGAAGAAGAUCACUCCCUUGGCCCUGAUAGAGCUGACAGCCCUCUAUGACAUCCUGGGCUUGGACCUGAAGAGGAGCAAAGCCGGGAAGUGGAAAGGCUCAGACUCGGGCCUUUUUGGCGUGCCCCUUCACAGCCUGCUGGAAGCUGACCACAGAGUCCUCCCCAGUGCCCAGGUCCCCCUGCUCCUGCAAGCUUUGCUGUCCUGUUUGGAAAAAAGAGGGCUGGACACAGAAGGCAUCCUCAGAGUUCCUGGAUCCCAGGCCAGGGUCAAGGGAUUGGAGCAAAAGCUGGAGCGAGGCUUCUAUGCUGGCCUCGUGAGCUGGGACAAGGUUCAUCCCAAUGACGCAUCUGACCUGCUCAAGAGGUUCCUCAGGAAGCUGCCGGCACCUCUGCUCACAGCCGAGUACCUCCCAGCUUUUGCAGCAGUACCCAACAUCCCUGACCUGAAGCAGCGCCUGCAGGCUCUCCACCUGCUAGUCCUCCUCCUGCCUGAACCCAACCGCAACACCUUGAAGGCGCUCCUGGAAUUCCUCAGGAAGGUGGCAGCCCAGGAGCAGCACAACAAGAUGACCCUGUGGAAUGUUUCCACAGUGAUGGCCCCCAACCUCUUCUUGCCCCGAGGACGACCUCCCAAGCUCCCCAAGGGUGAGAAGCAGCUGGUGGAGGGUGCAGCUGAAGUGAUGUGCAUGAUGGUGCAGUACCAAGACCUGCUUUGGACGGUUGCCUCUUUCUUGGUAGCCCAAGUACGAAAACUGAAUGACAGUAAUGGCCGUCGUUCCCAACUCUGUGAUGGGGGCCUCAAGACUUGGUUGCGGAGGACACAUGUAGACAGGGACAAGGCCGGGGACAGGCUUGAGGCGACUCCCAAAGUGGCAAAGGUCCAGGUGACCUGGCCUAGCAUGGAUCUUCUGCAGGUGCCUCUGAACCCUAGCACCAGAGUGACCCACAUCCUGAAGCUGUUCGCAGAGCGCCUCAACCCUGGGUCACAGCCUGAAGAUGGCAGGGAAGACCCAGGCAGCAUUCUCUCAGGCACCGCCAAGCCAGCCACCUUCCUUGUCUAUGAAGUUGGAGGGAAUAUUGGUGAACAUCGCCUGGACCCAGAUGCCUACCUCUUAGAUUUGUACCGCGCCAACCCCCACGGUGACUGGGUCAUUAGACAGAGCCCCACCUAAGCCUCGAAUCCGAAGAAACAGCCUGGAACACCCAACCUGGGAGCAGAGCUCUUCACAUGGAAAGAUUGGGUCUUUCCAGGAAAUACCUCUUCCAUGCCGGACAACACAGAGCUGGGUCUGCCUCCCCCCAUCCUCGCCACACACACAGAGCCCCCAAGGAUGCCACCCAGGGCACCUGAAUCCCCACAGGUGUUUGCAACAAUUUCCAGAAACGGGGAACGGAACUGCAGCACCCCUCUGAAGAGCAGAAGGGAGCUUCCAGAGAAUGUGGCUUUAGAGGCAACCCCACAGCAUGGAGUGGGAAAUCACUGUGACAAUGGAGGACCCCUUGUCUUCUCUGAGACCCCAAUGAUGCCCUGGACAGCCCUAGGAGAACUGGACAGACAGCAAACUUCGCUUUGCCUUCUUGUAUCUUAUAUGG